CUCUCCUAUGCGCGAUCCAGGCUGAUCCAGGUUUAUAUAGAGAUCAGUGGUCGUGACUGACUUUGCCCACCUCUGUGAGGCCAACAACGGCGAGCCCCUUUACCGCCACCACCACCACCACCGUGGUCCAAAUCCCGCUGCUGUCUGGCUUUUUCGACGACUCCCAUAUUUGAAUUUUUUAUGAGACACCACCACGCUCGUGAUCUCGUGAUGCCGCCAUGCCGCCUCCGGCCACAGCGACGGCGACACUGCCAUCGGCGCACACGCACAGAACUGGACGAAGUCACAGUGGUGAUUGUUGAAUGCGAACUUAACUAAAUUGACGCGGCUAGGACGUGCAGGCAUCCAGGUGCAUGGGUGCCUGCGCUGUCCACCCGAUACAAAGUUGUAACCAACAGUAUAAAAAAAAAAAAAAGUAUAGCGGAUAGCCAAGAGGAAGAAGCCAAGCUGGCCAAGUGCCAAGUCAAGCCAGGAUUGGCCAGGAUUGUGGUGGUAGUUUAUCCCGGUUUAUCCCAGUAAUCCUGUCCGGUCGGUGCAGACUGUAUAGGCACAGAAAAGGCAUUGUUUGUUUGUUGUUGUUUUUUUGCGCGUGAGUUGCAUUUCUCAUGAGGAAAUGUAUGCUGCAUGUCAUUUGUAACAGCUCAACCUGGCAAUGAUAUCACCGUCGAUUUGCAAUGAAUAGUGUUCGAAAUCAACAACAUAGCAGUGGGCACUUUUGAACUACAGCAAGAAAAGCUUGCAUUGGCUGAUUAAACCAUGAUGGAAAAGGAUUUCGCACCUUUAAGCGCUGCCUGCGUGCGCGCUUUAAACGACAAGCUAUAUGAAAAACGGAAAACUGCUGCCAUGGAAAUUGAAAAAAUGGUGAAAGACUGCAUUGCCAAGAACCGUACUGCUGAAAUUCAAAAGCUUUUGAAACUUUUGGGCCAGGACUUCACGUUGUCCCAUAAUCCUAACAGCCGUAAAGGAGGUUUAAUUGGGUUAGCAGCAAUGUCAAUUGCUUUGGGGAAGGAUGCUUCUUUGUAUGUGGAUGAUCUUGUAAAGCCCGUUCUGGCAUGCCUCAGUGAUCCUGAAAGCCGAGUACGAUAUUACGCUUGUGAGGCAUUAUAUAAUGUCGUCAAGGUGGCAAGAGGCUCAGUGCUCCCAAACUUCAAUGAUAUAUUUGAUUGUUUGAGCAAGCUUGCAGCUGAUCCUGAUCAAAAUGUGAAGAAUGGAUGUGAAUUACUUGACCGAUUAUUGAAGGACAUUGUCACUGAAAGUUCCUCUUUCGACCUGGCAGCAUUCAUGCUUCUGCUGCGGGAAAGAAUAUAUGCCAGCAACCGCUUUGCAAGAACGUUCAUUGUUUCAUGGGUUUCUGUGAUGAAUUCUGUGCCAGACAUUGACAUGCUGGUGUUCUUACCUGAGAUCUUGGAUGGGUUGUUCAAGAUCCUUGAAGACCCUUCAGUGGAGUUGAAGAAAAUGUGUGAGACAACGUUAAGUGAAUUUCUGCGAAAUAUCAUUAAGGCGCCACAGAAGGUUGACUUUGCUGCUAUGAUUGUAAUACUUAUAAAUCACUCACAUUCUCCAGAGGAAAUGGUGCAAUAUACAGCCAUUACCUGGAUGAAGGAAUUUGUGAAUUUAGCAGGAUGCAAGCUUCUGCCUCAUGCAUCUGGCAUUUUGGAAGCUGUUCUACCAGCCUUGGCCUAUGAUGACUCCAGAAAAAACAUUCGAGAGACAGCAAAAGCAGUAAACCACAGUCUAAUGCAGCUUGUCACGUUGGAAGAUGACAAUAAUGUUGCCGAGGUGAAGGAGCACCCAGGGAAGAGAGAGGAUGGAGUCACAGAGGGUCAUCCAGCAGCAGAUGUUUCUCAAGCAGCUGAUGUUCUCGAUAGAGAGCUAGAUCUUACCCUGCUGGUCAACGUAUUGUCAAGACAGCUGUUGCAUGUUUCAAUGCAGACACGAAUUGCUGUGUUGCGGUGGUUUUUUCAUCUGUAUAUCAAGAUUCCUAACAAGAUUUUUCGGCAAGUUGAAGAGAUUUUUCCAGUCUUAUUACAAACUCUCUCUGACCCUUCAGACGAGGUCGUGCUUCUGGACCUAGAAGUAUUAGCAGAAAUUUCAUCAUCUACUGCUGGCUGUAAACAGCCAGCACCAGAGGGUGGUGUGAAUGCUGGAGAUAGCUCUACAAGUGGAAUGAACAGCUAUUUCACCAAGUUCAUGUUUUCUCUUCUUGAUAUUUUUUCUUCGGACAGCCAACUUUUGGAAGACCGAGGCUCGUUUAUCAUAAGGCAACUGUGCAUGCUACUCAGUGCUGAGGAUAUCUACCGUACCAUGGCUAAUAUCCUGCUGACUAAGGAAGAUUUGUGUUUUGCGAGUCACAUGGUCCAAACUCUCAACACCAUUUUGCUCACUUCCACAGAGCUCUUUGAAUUAAGAAACCACCUCAAAGAUCUCAAGACUGAGGAGAGCUGCUCUCUGUUCUGCUGCCUAUAUCGUUCCUGGUGCCACAACCCAGUCGCUACCAUAUCACUGUGUUUACUUACACAGAACUACCAGCAUGCUUGCCACCUACUACACCUAUUUAGUGACUUGGAAGUGACGGUAGACUUUCUGACAGAGAUAGACAAGUUGGUUCAGCUGAUCGAGUCACCAAUAUUCACAUACUUGAGGCUGCAGCUACUCGACACUCCACAUAAUUCUCACUUGGUGAAGAGCUUGUAUGGCUUGCUGAUGUUGCUGCCUCAAAGUGAAGCAUUUCACACUCUUCGAACCCGUUUGGCUUGUGUACCCAACGUGCAACUAUCACCAUUACAAGAACAAAAGAUAUUGCCAUCUGAUGAUGCAAAAAGUCGCUACUGCACAGCCAAGAUAAACUUUAUUGAGCUUCAAGAACACUUUCAGCAAGUUCAAGACCGUCACAAAAAGGCCAAGCCUACAGUUCGACUAAGCGAAGGAGUGUAUGCAGGUUCAUACAACAGCUGAAUAAGACUGGUGCAUGUGAUGAACUGUGAUUUGCUUUGACAAGGAAUAAAACUAGAUCCUUUUCUACAAUA